CUGGGACUGGGGCUGGCAUUCUACAGCCCCGAAAGAAAACACCAUGUAAAAGUAUAAAAAGGACACACAACGCAAACUAUAGAUUUGUCUAAUUAUUCGUUCCGUGACUUCCGUCAGUCAACGCAUCGUAACAACGCUUGCUGUGUGGAAGAGAGCGAAUGGCCAGUGAAGGCACAGAGUAAUCCCGUGAAAGAUACCAUGCAGAUGAGCGAUGGACCCGGUCGCGUCUUUGUGGCGCCGCCCAACGGUAACCUCCGGUCGCCAGGAUACGUCCCAGGCAGGGUUGUACCUGUCCGUUCCCCGCCUCCGGCAAAGGCCCCACCCCCUCCCCCUCCCCCUCCGAAGCCCAUUGGCCCGCCUCCUGAGUGCCUGGCGACCUUUAACCUAUCAGAGGAGGGCCAUCACCGGGAAUGUGCUCAGAGUCGGAGGAAGAACACCUUCAUCUGCUUCGGUGUCUCCCUGGGGGCCUUUUUCCUCUCGCUCAUCCUCAUCCUCAGCCUCACCAGUGGAGACGUGUUGGACGAGAACUGUCCAGACCACAGCCCCUCCCUGAGCAGCUGGAACCCAGGUCACAACCCAGAGAAGGCCAUGGUCGUCCGGGGGGGAGAUCUGUUUCGAUUGGUCUCUUCUGCGACCUUCUACUCGCUAACCAUCCAAUCAGGAGGCCGAUUGGUCUUUGCAGACAAUACAGAGGGCUCCAAAAAUAUCACUCUCAGAACGCGUAAUGUGCUGAUUGAAGACGGGGGUUCGCUGCACAUCGGUGCUCCCAAAUGCCGCUACCGCUCCCGGGCCACCAUCACCCUCCUGGGCCGUUCAGACGAGAAGGCCGUAGCGGAAGUACCAGAACUGGGCCGGAAGUUCAUCGGGGUGCGUGGAGGCGCAACCCUGGAGCUUCACGGGGCAGAGAGGCUGUCGUGGACCCUCCUGACCCGCAGCGUCCCCUCCUCAGGCCUAGCCACGGGGGGCUACGCCUUUCAGCGCAACUUUAGCCGUGGCAUCAACCUGCGUGUGGUGGACCAGGACACAGCUGCCGUUCUGUUCACCGAGCGCUACGACACACAUGAGUCACGCAACGACAGCCGGCGGCUCAUGCAGCUGCUCCAGUCGCUGCCUGCAGGGCGCAUCGUCAUGCUGGCCGUGGGAGACUCUGCCGUCAAGAACCUGCUGGACGAGACCAAGAGAACCAUCCAGAGCCUGCUGGGUAGUACCUACGUCCAUGACCUCAAAUACAGGCAGGCCUGGGCACUGGUAUCUGUUAUUGGUGGAGGGAACGGCUCGUGUUCCGAGGACGUGCGGGAACACGAGAACCAUGACACGGGAGGAAAGGCGCUGGCCCGGCAGAACUUCACCACUGUUGACGGGGUCGGCUUCUCUGUCACAGCCUACAGCGAAUGGAGGAAUGGAUUUCCAAUAUCUGGGUUCCAGGUGGAUGCUGUGGACCAGGUAGUCCUCAACUUGCUGGAAGAUGUACACACCUGGCAACCCGGGAACCAUGUUGUGGUUGCCAGUACUGACUACUCCAUGCAUCAGGCAGAGGAGUUCACCCUCCUCCCCUGCCCCCACUGCACUAGCAGACAGGUUAGAGUUCAAGGGAGGCCCCAGUUUGGUCAUAUGGGGGAGAUUGUGGACGGGGUGGACAUGCGAGCGGAGGUGGCACUGCUCAGCAGGAACAUACUAAUCUAUGGGGAGAUGGAAAACACCUGCUAUGGAAACAACUGGUGCCAGUUCUUUGGCCACGACACAUACGGCGGACACAUCAAGAUAUUUGGGAACUUCACCUCGGUGCACCUGUCCCACGUGGAGCUGAGGAACAUGGGGCAGCAGGAGCAGGGCCGCUACCCGCUCCACUUCCACCGCUGUGGGGACGUUGACUGGCGAGGAGGCUACCGGGAACCAGCCUACGUGGACGGCCUCUCCAUCCACCACUCCUUCUCCCGCUGCAUCACCAUCCACGCCACCAACGGCCUGCUGGUGAAGGACACUGUGGGCUAUGACACCCUGGGUCACUGUUUCUUCCUGGAGGACGGGAUAGAGCAGAGGAACACAUUCUUCCACAACCUGGGUUUGUUGACCCGACCGGGAACGCUCCUGCCCACCGACCGCAACGAGACCAUGUGCACCAGCAUCCGAGACAAAGUGUUCAAGAACUACACGCCUUCACCGAGCAUGGAGUGCAAGGCAGUGUCUACGUUCUGGAUCGCCAACCCCAAUAAUAACCUCAUAAGCAACGCUGCUGCUGGCUCCCAGGAUGCUGGGAUAUGGUAUGUGUUCCACAGCUCAUCCACGGGGGACUCUCAUGGGCUGGUUCCAGAGACCCGGGCAGAGCUGACCCCGCUGGGGAUCUUCUACAACAACCGUGUGCACUCCAACUUUAAGGCUGGGCUCUUCAUUGAUAAAGGUGUGAAGACCACCAAUGCCAGUGCUGCAGACCCCCGGGAGUACCUGUGUCUGGACAACAACGCCAGGUUCCGUCCACAUGAGAAUGCAGACCCAAACCAGCCGCGGGUGGCUGCUCUCAUCGACACACUCAUCGCCUUUAAGAACAACGACCUCGGAGCCUGGAUACGUGGCGGUGACAUUACCAUUCAGAACUCUGGAUUUGCAGACAAUGGGGUGGGACUCUCCUUUGCGAGUGACGGUAGUUAUCCCAAGGACGAGGGUUCCAGUCAGGAAGUGACUCAGUCUCUGUUUGUGGGAGAGAGCCGGAACCGUGGCUUCAAUGGAGGCCAGAACAAGUACUGGGGCCAGGGAGGAGCAGACGGCAAGAUGAGGACACUACCCAGGAACAGGACGUUCCCGAUCCGCGGCUUCCAGAUCUACGACGGUCCUGUGCGGAUCACCCAGAGCACGUUCCGAAAUUACAUCCCAACGACGGAGCGUUUCACCAGUGCGGUGGGCUUCAACCUAAAGAACACCUGGCAGCUCACGCCUCGCAACAACCUGUCCAAGCUCAGCUUCCAGCCCACUGUGGGUCUGAGGGCAUUCUUCGGGCGUCCGGGCCAGUGGUUCGAAGAGAAUGAUCUGGACGGGGAUAAGAACUCUAUCUUCCAUGACGUGGACGGCUCUGUGACGGGCUACAGGGACACGUAUGUGGGCAGAGCAGACAACUACCUGAUCCGUCACCCCGGCUGUGUCAACGUCACCCAGUGGAACGGAGUGGUCUGCAGUGGCACCUAUUCUCAGGUGUAUAUCCAGACCCAGGGUGCUCGCAGCCUCAGUCUGUCCAUCAGUAGAGAUGAGUACCCCGAGGCUCCUCUGGUGCUGAGGGGUAUUAACAGCCAGGGGGCGCUGUCCCAGCAGUACCAGCCUAUCGUCAUGAUGAGCAAGAGCUACACCCUGCACUGGGACGGCCCUGCUCCCAGAGAGAUUGUCCUUUCCCUCAUAAACUUCAACCAAGGUGACUGGGUGCUGGUGGGUCUCUGCUACCCACCCGACACCACCUUCCAGGUCAUGGCUGACAUCAAUGACCGCCAGAGCAACAUCUUCGACGACAUCACCGACUAUGGGCCUGUGUUUUCCCUCGCCGAACUGGAGAAGAGGCUGCUGGAGAGGAAGUACUUCUUUGACCGCAGUGUGGGCUUGCUGUGGCUGUAUUUGCGGGCGAGGCAGAGGCGCGAUGGCCACAGUUACUGCUCGGUUAAGGGCUGUGAGAGAGUGAAGGUGAUGGCCAGCACAUCGUCCUCCAAACUGACCUGUAACUGCACAGCCAAGGCCUACCCCAAAUACGCCAAGACUCCCUCGGCAGUGGUCGCCAUGCCCACCCUCAGCACCCAACCAUGCAGGGACUGUGGUGCCUCCCAGCUGGUGUUUUCCAGUGACCCGUGGAACUCCUACCUCCAAACUCAGAUCAAAUCGCUCAGCAGCAAGGAGCAGCAGAGUGGCGACACACAGUCCUUUAUCACUGUGAACAGUGAGACAUUCUCCUUCACACAGCCAGGCAUCUUCCUGGUCUCUGUUGACGCCUGCUCUGGAAAAGUCACAAAGAAGUCAUCUUUCCCCAAAAUGGACCCCAAAAUGGAGCAGUAUCUUAAAACUGGAUUACCAAAGAGGUCUAUAGUGCUUCUGGGAACACGAGGGCAGCCCGAUGGCUUGGUCAGUGUUGCACGAUAUCUUGUCCCCCUGGGCAUGGCUAAGGCAGCAGAUCUGCAGGGUAAAGAGAGCCUGGUGUUUUGGGGGUUCCAGGGUGGCUCUGCCCCCCCUCCGUGGGCCUCCAUCCUGGUUGGGCAGGGUGAGGAGGGGCUGGGGCUGCAGGAGCGCUACCUCCCCUUGGGCCUGGAGGCCUACGGCUGCACACAGCCCAGCACACGCAGAGACCUGGAGCUACUGAGGGCCGCCACAGGACCACAAUGACAAAUGUGAACACAAUUUACCCAAAACACAACCAACCAGCAAAUGAAUGUGAACUGCUGAACUUUUAUUUAUUAUUUUAUUGGCAAAGAUAUUUACUAUUUUGGGGGUUAAUUAAGUGUGUGUGUGUGUGUGUGUGUGUGUGUGUGUGUGUGUGUGUGAGUUAUAUUUGAACAAAUUAGAACUGGGAAUAAACGGGGAUGGACCCAGAAUGGAACUAUACGAGCAAAUUAACAAAUUAAGUAACCACAUCAAACUUGUGUGGUCUGUCACUUCUAUCCAGUUCCCCCUGAUGGGUUUUUGGCUCAGGCCAGCGUUUGACCUGUCUGCUGCUCACCACAUCCAUAGAUGAAACACAUAAUUAAGAAGGAAACUGAAAAAGCAAACCAAAGGAAAAACACUCACUAUUACACACUUUCUUUUUUUUUCUUCUGUCUGUUUCCUCGCUCACUUUUUUCUGCUGUUUUUGCACGUCCCAGGGGGCAUUUUGUUCAGCGACUUGAUCUGUUAAGGGCAGCUGUAUUAUAAUGAAAACAUUUUGUAUGGGAUUCCGUUGAGAUUGUUGUGUUUCCAACAAACCUUUUUUCCCAGGAUGUGUCCUUUUUUGUUCCAUAUUUAUUUGAUCUCUACACAGUGCCACUUUCCCCUAGGGCUGGCUAUGUGUGUAGCAGAGAUGGAUUGUUUCUCUUUUUCUACUAAUUUACCUUUUAGUAUGGCCAUGUAUGUUGUUUAUUACAUAUAAAUGCCAAAAGUAUGUGUUUCAGGGGGACAUUUUACAAGGUGAACAUAGCCUUAACACGAACACAGAUUAGUAGUCCAUACCAAAACCAAGGCUUACUGUACCUCUGUGGCCUCAGCAGGUGAUUUGAGCAGGGCUCCCCCACUGUGCUGGUGAUUAGUAACUUUCUGUAUGUGAUUGGGUGCAUUCAUUUCAGCUCGCCCGGUGAAGAUUUCACUUUAGGAUCUAAGAAAUAGACAAAAAUGUGCAAACUCCACCUACACAGUGCCCUGGACGAGCUAAAAUUAAUGCAACCAUUGUGAGAGAUCCUCCAAAGAAAAGGAUUUGCUUUUUAACCACUGUACUGUUGUAAAUAAGAGUUUCUUUGUUAUGCAAAAAAAAAUUCUCCCUCAAUGCUUUUAAGAUUCACUCUCCAAAUUGAGCUCUUUGAAAAGGAAUUAGUGUUUUAAAAGUGUUGGUGGUGUGGAUGAAAAUAUUGAGAAGCAGUCAAUGGUGUGUGUGUGUAUACUGUGUGAGAGUGCCUUUCAAUUUGGGGUGAGUUGUAUUUGAAAUGUUGAAUCACUAUACUCAUGACAGUUUAUUUCUUUAAUCAAACCUUUUAUAUUUGAAUUCUCACAUCGUCAGUGCUCUUCUGAAAUUGCAGAGAUGAUAACUUUGUGA